AUGGCGCAUCACAACGGCACAAUGCCUGACCUGGGCAAACCGCAGUCCGAGGCGCGUGCUUGGUUUGAGCCUGUGCUGGUCGUCUCCAUCAUGGCCGCCUCGCUAUACUUCAACCGCGACCGCACUUUUAGCCUAAUCCCUUCUCGAAACGAGCGACACGAUCCAUCCGACGAGCACCUGAUCAAGAACCCGAAUGGCGAGUAUCAAGAGAGCCGCUCGUCCUCGAGAUCGACCAGCCCGGACAGGCCGAAGAACAGCGUGGACGUACAGAGAGGAACAUCGCCAUCACAAUGGGAGGACCCUGUCUCACCCUCGACCUUGAACAUCCCAAGCCGCAUCCUGCAAAAGUUCCCCUUCCUGAUCGAGAUGUUCUAUUGGGCACUGAACUACGUGGCCUACUCCAUGACCAAAAAGAUUGGCGCGGCAAUGUACUCCAGGUACGACGGGCAGAACCAGGUGACGGAGCUGGCGCAGCGACAUGGCAUCGACAUCUUGACCAUCGAGCACGACACCAUAUUCACCAUCUUCUUCCCCAUCACUGAGGUGGCCUUCCAGCAAUUCUUCUUGAAGCACCACCUGUUGAUCCUGAGCUUCUUCAACCAGAUCUACUCCCUGGUCCACAUCCCCGGAACGGUGGCCUUCCUUUCCUGGUACUACUACGUGGCUCCCUCACACGAUACCUUUGCGAUUGUCCGACGGACUAUGACCCUAGGCAACUUUUCCGCCUUCUUCAUCUUCUCUUUCUACCCAUGCAUGCCGCCAAGACUGCUGCCUGAAUCCUUCGGCUUCAAGGACACCGUGCGCCAGGACAACGCCGAAUCCGUCUGGGUCGGCGGCGCGAACGUGAACCAGCUGGCCGCGAUGCCAUCCCUACACUUCACCUACGCCUUCGUAGUCGGAUGCACCUUCCUGUAUCAAAGCGGAAUCUUGGCAACCUGCUUCGGUCGAAGAGCCAGCGUAGCAGCCAGCCGGACAAGCAGGAGCUGGCGAAGCAUCAUGAGCGUGGUCUACGCCGUGGCCGGUGUAAUCUACCCGAUUCUCGUCUUGAGCGUAAUCGUGGCAACAGCAAACCACUACUACCUCGAUGCAGUGGUGGCAACAUUCUCAGUAACGCUCUGCUUCUUCAUCAACCGGAUAUGGAACGUCCUUCUCCCUGCAGAGAGACUCCUCUGCAAGGUCCUCCGGCUACGCAAACCUACACCCACAACAGCACGGAACAGCAUCCCGGACCGGCCGAGGGUGGUCGUCGAGCAAUGGGCAUAG